AAAUCAUAUCACUGUGAGAAACAUCGUGUUCCUCAUGUUUCUAGCUUAUUUAGCCGGACGAUAGAUUGUGGCUGCUGUUUUAAAAUAAUUGCGUCAUUUUUCGUAUACAUUUUCGUUCGCUGCACUGUUUGAGGACUUUUUCGGAUUAUAUAUAUAUAUAUAUUCAGAUAAAUAUGUCGUGGUUGUUCGGAUAUAAAAGUCAAGUCCCGCAAAUGCCUCCACCCGGCAGUGAAGGUGGUUUUCAGGAACCUGGAACAGCAGGACAAGCCACCGGUGAUCCAAACUUGACUAAGGCCGAACGGAAAGCAAUGGAAGCGUACCGUUUUGAUUCGUCAGCGCUGGAACGUGCCGCUGAAGCUGCCAGAACAUUGGAGCGAUCAAAACAUGCACUAGAGGCACUUGAGUUGUCGAAAUUGCAGGAAAACACACGACAGCAAGAAUACCUCGCUAAAGUUAAAGAAUAUGAGGCACAUAUUGAAACAUCUAAGGUAGAACAAAAGCGUGUUGAUCAUGAGGAACGGCGCAAGACGCUUGCUGAAGAAACUAAGCAGCAACAACAGCGGGCACAAUAUCAGGAUCAGUUAGCUCGAAAACGCUACGAAGAACAACUUGCUCAACAACAGCGAGUACAAGACGAGAAUCUGAGAAAACAAGAGGAAAGCGUGGCGAAACAAGAAGCAAUGCGAAGGAAGACUAUUGAGCACGAAAUGGAACUACGUGAAAAAAAUAAAAUGAAACUUCUGGAGGCUGAGUUGAGAGCGAAAGCUAAGGUAGACCGAGAAAAUCGGGAUUUGACAUUGGAACAAAUACGUCUUAAAGCGGAGGAGAACAGAAUCACAGUGAUGGAGGGUAUAAAAACAGCUGGAUCGGUACUCGGACAGGGAGCUAACGCUCUUCUGUCUGAUUGGAACAAAGUUGCGACAACUGUUGGUGGUUUAUCAUUGCUAGCCCUUGGAAUCUAUUCCGCGAAAGGCAGCACUGGUGUAGCAGCACGCUAUAUUGAAGCUAGAAUUGGCAAACCGUCGCUUGUUAAUGAAACAUCCAGAUUUUCACUAUUAGACUCACUUCGACAUCCAAUAGCUACAUUCAAGCGAAUGCAAUCAAAACCUACAGAUGCACUGCAAGGUGUUGUUCUUCAACCGAAACUGGAGGAAAGAUUGCGAGACAUUGCGAUUGCAACGAAAAAUACAAAGAACAACAGAGGGCUUUACCGUAACAUUCUGAUGCAUGGUCCUCCCGGGACUGGUAAAACCAUGUUCGCUAAAAAGCUCGCUUCUCAUUCGGGGAUGGAUUAUGCUAUAAUGACUGGUGGUGAUGUCGGACCGAUGGGUAGAGAUGCGGUGACAGCGAUUCACAAAGUUUUCGAUUGGGCCAGUACAAGUCGUCGUGGAUUGUUACUGUUUAUCGACGAAGCGGAUGCGUUCUUGCACAAAAGAUCAUCCGCACAAAUUUCGGAGGACAUGCGGUCGGCGUUGAAUGCCUUCCUGUAUCGAACAGGUGAACAAAAUCCACGAUUUAUGUUGGUUCUCGCCUCCAACACCCCGGAACAGUUCGAUUAUGCUAUCAAUGACCGUUUGGAUGAGAUGGUGGAAUUUACGCUACCAGGACUAGAAGAACGGGAACGAUUGAUUCGGUUAUAUUUCGAUAAAUUUGUACUCCAGCCGGCGGCAGUAGGAAAAAAACGCUUCAAAGUAGAACAAUGGGACUAUAGCGCCGUUUGCAGCAAAAUGGCCGUGAUGUGUGAAGGAAUGUCCGGUCGCGAGAUUUCCAAAUUGGGAGUGUCGUGGCAAGCUGCAUGCUAUGCUUCUGAAAACGGUGUUCUUACUGAGAAAAUGGUUCUGGAUCGCUGUGAAGCUGCUUCAAGGCAACAUAAACAGAAGAUGGCAUGGCUUUCAGAGCAGGAAAAACUUGAUCAUAAAUCGAUAACGGGAGGAAAAGGAUUUCUGUACUAACUUCGCUUCGAAACAUGAUCAUAGAUUCCGAAUUCCAAUUCGAUUACUAGCUUCCAAUCUGUGGAGAAGUGUUCUCUGAAAACUGGGAUUGUGAUUGUCUCCAGCACUGAAGAAAUACUUCUGGAACUGGAACUAAAUAUUAAUAGGCAAAAACUUCCCUACCACUCUUCUGUUCAACUCAGGGAAAUUUAUAUUAAACUUCUUCGAACAGGAGAACCUACAUUUUCUGGGAAAUUGUCAGAUCACAGUUGAAAUGACAUGGAAUGCAUUUAUAUUCAUCUGCAUUGUCUUACUCGAAUGUGUUCAACAUAGAAGUAGCUUCUGAUACUUUAUUACGCGUUUAGGUACUUUUUCUUGUUAAUGUGUAUAUUCGGCAAAAUGAUGAUUAGGAAUCUAUUUCUCUGCAAAGCAGAGAAUGUGAAAAUAAAAACUUCUGAACCAAAUUUGUGUAUUAAACAAUUGCAUUUAUUGUUGUGAUGUCCUA